CCUCCUCCCCUUUCCUCUCCGCCUCUGACUUUUUGACUUUGACCUUGACUCUCAUCCAACUUUGAAAUCUCUCGAGAUACCCCAAUACCCUCUAACUUUUUUACCUACCUAUUCUAAUUUAAUCCUGUCGAGGUUUCUUCCUUCUUUUCAGGACCUCGCUGCUGUCACUCUCUGUUCUUCACAUUCGCUGUUCUGCUAGCUACUCUUACCACCUUUGCUCUUAGCACUUUCAGCUUAGCUUCUCAAUACCGCAAUCAUGAAGGGACUUAUUCUCGUCGGUGGCUACGGCACCCGUCUUCGCCCUCUCACCUUGAGUGUUCCCAAGCCCCUCGUCGAGUUUGCCAACAAGCCCAUGAUUGUGCACCAGAUUGAGGCGCUGGUCGCAGCUGGUGUUACUGAUAUCGUCCUCGCUGUCAACUACCGACCUGAGGUCAUGGAGAAGUUCCUAGCAGAGUACGAGGAAAAGUUUGGCAUCAACAUCGAAUUCUCCGUCGAGACUGAACCCCUCGACACCGCCGGACCCCUGAAGCUUGCUGAGCGUAUUCUCGCCAAGGACGACUCUCCCUUCUUCGUCCUCAACUCCGACGUUAUCUGCGACUUCCCCUUCGAGGAUCUCCUGGCCUUCCACAAGAGCCACGGUAACGAGGGUACCAUUGUCGUUACCAAGGUCGAGGAGCCCUCCAAGUACGGUGUCGUUGUCCACCAGCCUGGACACCGCUCUCUGAUUGACCGAUUCGUUGAGAAGCCCGUCGAGUUCGUUGGCAACCGUAUCAACGCUGGUCUCUACAUCUUCAACACCUCCAUCCUCGACCGCAUUGAGCUUCGCCCAACUUCGAUCGAGAAGGAGACAUUCCCCGCCAUGGUCAAGGACAAUCAGCUCCACUCUUUCGACCUUGAGGGUUUCUGGAUGGAUGUCGGUCAGCCCAAGGAUUUCCUCAGCGGUACCUGCUUGUACCUUUCUUCCCUCACAAAGAAGGGCAGCAAGGAGCUCACCUCUCCCAGCGAGCCUUUCGUCCACGGCGGAAACGUCCUGAUCGACCCCUCAGCCAAGAUUGGCAAGAACUGCAGAAUUGGACCCAAUGUCACCAUUGGCCCCAACGUCGUCAUCGGUGACGGUGUCCGUCUGCAGCGAUGUGUCCUGCUCAAGGGCUCCAAGGUCAAGGACCACGCCUGGGUUAAGUCCACCAUUGUUGGCUGGAACAGCACCAUUGGUCGAUGGGCUCGCCUCGAGAACGUGACAGUUCUUGGUGACGAUGUCACCGUCGGCGACGAGAUCUACGUCAACGGUGGCAGCGUCCUCCCCCACAAGUCUAUCAAGGCCAACGUUGACAUUCCUGCCAUCAUCAUGUAAGGAACGUUUCUCUUCACGAUUUUACGUUCACGUUCUACUGCAAGUCUGUUGGAGGACACACCAGCAGGCUUUCCAAUCUACACUAUAAUCUCUCACGCGACAUGGACGAGGAAAAAGGAAAUCGAACAAAAUUCACCACUCUGGGAUGGUGUGCUGGCCACCUUUCUUUAUACCAAGGCGGCCUGGCGGGAAAGGAUUUAAAGAGCCUGUCGCGCCAUCUAUCUUAAUACUUUUGUGCAGUUGUCUCAUGCCCUAUUAUGCGUGUUUAUCAGGCGUCAAGGUCGAUAUUUACAGGAGGCAGGUAGGCGAGCAAGCCAUGGAAGGACAAGACAAGAACGGACAGUUGGGCAAGCAGGGUUAUGGCAGCGAUCUGAGGAAGCCGUGUACAAUGAAUGCUUUUGUUACCAGUUAUUGAAUUAAAGAAGGUGGUGCGAUACCAUUUGAAACUUUAUUU